GGUCCGCUGAGCUGCUGCAUCUCAAGCGAGGAAUCAUGGAGCGCCAAAGGACCCCUUGGAGGCACUUGCCGAGGCGGCGGGGAAAAGAGUCACUUUGUGACGUGUUUCCAAAUUAGAGACAACAUUCAGACACAGCGCAGAGUUUCUACCCGCUCCAACUCGGGCUUUCUACUAACUGUGCGUCAUUUGACAGGCUGACACAAACAUUUGCCAGGCGACUUGGGCAGAGCUGCUGAUCAAAGGACGGAGUGGGGCGUUAGACGUUGGACCAAACCGGACAUGAAUUGGGGGUGCUUUUGGGCCACACUCAUGAACGUAUUACCUCGUUUUGGGACAACAAAGUGUCUGGAGUGCGCUGCGUAAACAAAAAAAAGCCCCGACUUGUUCCAUGUCACAUGCCAUUACAAGAAAGAGUUCUCUCCGUGGAAACUGAGCCUGGCACGGAUCGGAACAGUUCGGAACCAUGGUGAAAUUUCAUAACUCGGACCUAUGGAUAGCCUGGAUGGUCAUUUUCUGCAUGGAGGGUUCAUGGUUUUACACACACACUGGAAAAGUGAGCGUACAGGCACUGGAUGUGAUGGUGUCUCAGAGCAGUAUCCAGGUAGCCCGAGGCCAAGCAGCCGUCCUGCCUUGCUCCUUCACCACCAGCGCUGCUCUCAACAACCUCAACAUCAUCUGGAUGGUGAUUCCGCUGUCCAAUGCCAACCAGCCCGAACAGGUGAUAAUCUACCAGGGCGGCCAGGUGUUCAGCCUCGCUAACCACCUCAACGGCCGUGUGGGUUUUGUGUCCACCAUGCCAAGUACAAGUGCCUCCAUCUUCAUCAACAACACCCAGCUGUCAGACACGGGGACAUAUCAGUGUCUGGUCAACAACCUCCCGGACAGAGGGGGGCGCAAUAUUGGUGUCAUCGGGCUGACUGUGCUAGUGCCCCCCUCGGUGCCAGCCUGUCGAAUCCAGGGAACGCUGGAUGUGGGCAGCGACAUCAUGCUGUUUUGCAGCUCAGAUGAAGGUAUUCCCACACCGUCCUACUCAUGGGAGAAGCUGGACGCGCUGCCCAAGCUGCCGCACAACGCCAUGCAAGACCAGAUGCAGGGCACCGUCACACUGAGAAACAUCAGCACCAGCACCUCAGGACUCUACCAGUGCACCUCCAGCAAUGCUAUUGGCAAGAGCACAUGCUUGAUCAAUCUUCAGGUUGUUGCACCCCAGCCUCAGAGUGUGGGUCUGAUAGCAGGAACAAUCGCCACCGGAGUGCUGGCGGUCAUCAUCUUCUCCAUGCUAGUGGUGGUCACGCUCUACUACUGGAAGAAUAAGAGCAAAUAUGACGAGGAGGAGAUCCCCAAUGAAAUCAGGGAAGAUGACCUCCCACCGAAAAGGUCAUCAUCAGUGAAGGCUUUCCACGCGGACGCCUCGUCUUCGGAGAACGACACCCUGACGUCCACCAACACCUACAACAGUCGCUACUGGCACAACCCUAAACCCAACUACGACACCAACUCAUACACACGCUACAACGGAGACACGCGGCAGACCUUCUCCAAUGCAGUGCAUGGCGCACAUGGACACAGACAGUCCCAGAACCCGAGCCACGCCCACAGCUCGGCGCCCACCGCACCAGGCUCGGCCCCGCUGUCUCGCCACGCUCAGCCCGCAACCACAACAACUUCUUCCUUUGCCAAUGGCAGCCACACGCUCCCACCCCCCAAGACUCUGGUGGUCACCACAAACUCCGCCCCAUCCCCCCCCACCAUAGUGCGCAGCAACGGCUCCGUGAGCCUAAAACCCGUGGUGACACCAACGCACGGGCAGCAUACGCACUCCUACGCCGUGAGCCAGGCCACGCUGGAGCGGAUGGGGGCGGUGCCUGUCAUGGUGCCCGCCCAGAGCAGAGCAGGCUCGCUGGUCUGAAAUCAGGACUUAAUUAGUUUUUGUUGUUUGAAAACCAGUGAUGAAAAACAAACAGAAUAUGGGCUGAAACAGCCUGCUGCCCUUUACUUUACGAUUACAACUGUGUCUUUCUCUACUCCGCUUUUUUUUUUUUUUUUUUUUUUCAA